CCUACACUCCUCUCUCGCUCUCUCUCGCUCUCUCUCUCUCUCUCUCUCUCUCCCCCUCUGUCUGUCUGUCUCUCUUUCUCUCAGCUCUCUUUCCGACGUUCGUUUGUCUUUUGAAAGGAUUUGGCAGCACCCAGGAUACCCGUGAUCUUCACAAAGAGACAUUUCUGGUCAGAAUAACCUUGGAUACCAAUGGUCAUGGUCAAAGAAAAAGUGGCUCAUGCGCAGGACACACACACACACCACCACUCCACAGAGAAGCCCCUGAUCCAGUGCUACAAGUGCGGAGAGCCAUGUAAGGGGGAGGUCCUACGGGUGCAGAAUAAACACUUCCAUCUCAAGUGCUUCACCUGCAAAGCAUGCGGCUGUGACCUGGCCCAGGGGGGCUUCUUCAUGAAGAAUGGAGACUAUCUGUGCACCCUGGACUACCAGCGCAUGCACGGCACCCGCUGUAAUGGCUGUGGGGACUUUGUAGAGGGGGAAGUGGUCACCGCCCUGGGCAAGACUUACCACCCUGCCUGUUUCGUCUGCACCAUCUGCAAAAGACCCUUCCCUGCUGGAGACAGAGUGACCUUCAAUGGGAAGGACUGUCUGUGUCAGUAUUGUGUACAGCCAAUGUCUCCGGGACCCAAGGACAUCCUGGGCUCCAGCAAUUGUGCGGGCUGUGGUCGAGACAUUAAGAAUGGACAGGCACUCCUAGCCUUAGACCGACAGUGGCAUCUGGGUUGCUUUAAGUGUAAGGCUUGCGGCAAAGUCCUGACUGGGGAGUACAUCAGCAAGGACGGCGCACCCUACUGUGAGAAAGACUACCAGAUCCAUUUUGGCGUCCAGUGUGAGGCGUGUCAUCAGUUCAUCACGGGGAAGGUGCUAGAGGCGGGUGAUAAGCAUUACCACCCUAGCUGUGCACGAUGCAGCAGGUGCAACCAAAUGUUCACGGAGGGAGAGGAGAUGUACCUGCAAGGAUCAACAGUCUGGCAUCCUGGCUGUAAGAACACCACGAAAUCAGAGGAGAGACACAGGGAGCGGCCUACGAGGUCGUCAUCCGAAAGUAUUUGUUCCAGACCUGCUUCAAGCAUACCUGGCUCACCGGGUCACACGAUCUAUGCAAAAGUAGACAAUGAGAUCCUUGAUUACAGAGACCUUGCUGCCAUUCCUAAAGUCAAAGCCAUUUAUGACAUUGAGCGCCCUGACCUUAUUACCUAUGAACCUAUGUAUACCACCUCCCUGGAUGAGAGAGAGGAGAUACGAGAAAGUGUGGGAGAGCUCCACACCGCCAGGAGGGAGCGCUCCCCCAUGCCAGAUGACAAGCCCUCGAGAAACAUGUCGCCUACACCACCCAGUGAGGGCUCUUAUGACAGGAGGGAACGCAUCCUCCAGAGAUCCACCAGUCAGGGCUCCAUAGGAUCACCCGUUUAUAAUCGCCAUGGUUACACCCCCACGUUGUCACGGUCGCCACAGCAUUUUCACAGGCCAGAAGCUCUGACAGGCAUGCAGAAGCUCUGCUCCUCCUUGUGCAGUAACAGUGUUGGCUCCAGAAAUAGUGACUCCCGCCCCACCUCCCCUUUCAGACACCACUUCCUCCCCCAUAGCCAAGGCACUGACCCGCCAAGCGGCCGGAACUCCCCCCUCCCCCUCAGGCCUGACAGCCGGCCAGUCACUCCGCCUCUCUCUCAGACCCCUAAACAUUUCCACCUCCCAGACCAAGGGAGCAACAUCUACAGAAAGCCGCCGAUCUACAAACAACACGGUUCAGAAGGGAGGAGACGAUCCAGAGAGGAGGAGGAGGAAGAAGCCUUGAAAAAGAAGCAGCUCCAAGAGGAACACCUCAACAAGAUCCAGUCUGGUUUAGGUAAACUCAUUCUGAAGGAGGAGAUGGAAAAGGAGCAGAUCAGAGAGCGUCAUGCUCGCAGUCUCUCCGCUCAGCGCUAUGACCCAAAGCAGACCAACUGUGAUGCGGAUCCAGCUUCUCCAACCAAAACAAACUCCCUGCCCGGCUAUGGAAGGAACGGACUGCAUCGGCCCCAGUCCACAGAUUUCACCCAGUACAACAGCUACGGAGACAUGUGCGGAGGAGGAAGAGAGUUUCAGCACAUUAAGGAUGGCCGUGCAGCACUUGCAAGGAUGGACAGGGGAGUAUCUAUGCCUAAUAUGUUGGAACCAAAAGUGUACCCCUAUGAAAUGCUCAUGAUAACCAGUAGAGGGAGAGCUAAACUGCCGAGGGAAGUGGACAGAACCAGACUGGAGCGCCACUUAGCGCCCGAAACGUUCUUUGACAUCUUUGGAAUGGAGAUCCAGGAGUUUGACAGGCUUCCCCUGUGGAAACGCAACGACAUGAAAAAGAAGGCCAAGCUCUUCUAGCAGUCAGAGCAGCAUGCAUAUUCUGUACAUUCAUUCAGAUAGCACACCACCAACUGUAAUGUAGUUGUAGGUUUUCUUUUUUUCUCUUUUUAUUCUCUUUUUUCUUUUGACAUAAUCAAGGAAGCGAUGAAAUGAACUCUUUCUCUUAUGCUUCCCAAAACUGUGAGCUGAAUGAUUUGUCCAGUUAGUAUAGACUUGCAAAGCGAAUGAUGAAUGGGAAUCUCUUCCAUGUUCAAAAAUGACAAAGAAUGACACUGAAGGAACGAGAGGGUCAUGGUAUUAUUUUUCGGACUGCGCUUGUUUUACUUCCUGCUUUGCUUUGAAUGGAACUGCUCUUCUCCUUUCUUGCUUGUUUCCUCCUACUAUUUGUUGCUGUUGAUUCCUGUGGAACUUUGUAAGUACAGUAGAAACUCAUGGCGCCAUUAUGAAAUGUCCAUGCUCAUAGUUUGAACAUGAGUCAGCUUUUCCACACUUGGGCUGAAACGGUUUCAGCCCAACGAUGGCACUGGAUUGACUCAGUGAGUCUUCAUUAUAAAAGCCACUGCAGUUAGCUGACCUACUGUUUAACUGGAUCUACAAUAUGAAAAAUUACUUAUUUAACACUUACUGUCAGUUGCCUCCCCCAGGCUACUGUACAUACAUCCAUAUUUGACUCUGCCUAAAAAAAAAAUACAAUCUCUCUCUCUCUCUCUUCUCAGGCUCUCAUAAACAUGGCCAGAUACUUUCCCUUUCAUUAUAUUGGAAAACCAAAUCCUAUGAACCGCAUUUUAAUGCGAUAUUCAACAUACACAGAGUAACCUGCAGUAAACAAAACACCCGAUGUAAGAAGUAACUGUAUUUGAAAUUACUGUUUUAUAAAUGAAACCCACACUGCCAUUUGUUGUAUUGAAAUCUAAGCCAAUAAAGCUUUAAAUCACCCUGAACCAUAUGCUCCUGGGCUAUACCAAAGGUAUUCUGCACCUGUAUUCUUUCUCUUUUUUUUAAUUCUCUGCAUUGUAAUCCAUAAUAAACACCAUGGUUCUGCAAUGUUACACAGAAACAGUGUGGGAGGUCAUUUGAGGGCUGUUUCACAGUCCUGAAAGUU